AUGGCCAAUCAUUUGGAACCCUCAAGCUCUAGUGCCCCUCAGAAGACUCAUGAACCCAGUAAUAGCUCGGCUCUUCAUCAUCUCAUUCGAAGGUUCACCCGGAUUCCCACUACCCUCAAAACAUUGGCUCUUGCAGAUACCCACAACCAUCAUCAACCGAGUCAAUCGAUCAUGUCCGCCACCCAUCAAAAUUCUCCGAAUUAUAAGCUCACUCUUAAUAAGAACCACCCACUCCGGAAAGUGAUCCCCAGCUUAUUCCUAUCCGAUCCCUCCAUCGAUCCUCAUCCGGGAACCUCCCAAUUAUCAGAGGCAGAGUCGAUGAUGUCGAACGAUUCCUGCAGGAAGAGACGAAUGGAUAACUUGGUCUUGGCUGGGUUCUUGAAAAACAACGGCGGAUACUUGGACGACAGUGGAUCAUCAUCGGCUUCCUCAGACCUAGAUGAUACUAAUGAUCAGACAAUUAGUUCAGACGAGGAUGAGCAAGACCAGGAACACCAUAUACACAAUCUCAAUAUCUUGGCCAAGAAACACCAACCUGCAGAUACUCCUGAUGGCACGAAGACCUCGAUGGCCCAUAAAACAAAUUUAUAUCCUCAUCAGUCGAGUACCACAAGUAACCUCUCAAAGAGACUCUUGCACUUACACUUGUCCAACAAGUCCGACCAUCGAAAGUCCGCCACCGUUGUACUCAAUAAACCAAUCAACCAUCAAACUUAUACUACGAUUGAUCCACCCGACGAUCGCCACUUUCCCAAAAAAGAUAGACCAGCCCAAGGAGGAAGGUUCGAUCGACUUACAAAUAAUACGCAUUUCAAGCGGCCAGCCAGCUCAAAGAGCCAAAGUCGGGAGGACAAUGCUCACCCAGAAGGUGGGCGAUGUCAACACAUUAAAGAACGCUGGUACGCUACUACUGGAGCGCGUAAGCCGAAGGAGACUGUUGGGACAAGAAGACGAAGAGGUGGGGCUAAGCUUCAACCUCAAGUACCUCCGCUCGUCGACCUUCCCGACCAAGAACUCGAUCCUCGACUCCCAGGUCCAUACCGCUCUCCUGCAUUCUUCUCCCCGAACUUUACCCACUCGCUCUUCGUCGCCUACUAUCACUCCUGUCGACCAGGAGCUUCGUCAUCAGCAUCCUGA